AUGUCGUCUGCUCCGCAGGUACGCGCGCAGUCAGAACAGCAGCAGCAGCGGGGGAGAAUGCGCAGAUUCGCGCCGUUGAAUCCGGAGGUGAGGGUGCGGCUCGGAAGUGGGGGAACAGCGCCGGAUUUGAAGGGCGUGGUGUUUGAUGUUGAUGGGACACUCUGCCUGCCACAGCACUACAUGUUCCAAGAGAUGCGGUCCGCAUUAGGCAUCGAUAAAUCCGUGGACAUCAUAACCCACAUUCGCGGCCUUCCCACCCAGGAAGAACGAACGGCCGCCGCAGCCAAGGUCCAAGCAAUCGAGCGCUCUGCGAUGGUUAAGCAGAAACCUCAGCCGGGCCUCACCCAACUCAUGGACUACCUCCACUCAAGGGGCAUGAAGCGAGCACUGUGUACGCGAAAUUUCGAGGCGCCGGUAACGCAUCUCCUGACAACACAUCUGCCCACGCAUGUAUUCACUCCGAUAGUAACUCGGGAUACUCCCGAUUUGAUGCCAAAGCCGGACCCAGCUGGUAUCUUGCACAUUGCGAAGGAAUGGGGGCUGGAGAAUGGAGCAGAUGACUUGAUUAUGGUCGGAGACAGCCUUGACGACAUGACAGCCGGCCAUAAAGCCGGAGCCGCCACCGUGCUCUUGGUUAACGACCGUAACCAGGCGCUGAAAGAACAUGACCACACGAAUCUGUGGAUAGAGCGCUUGGACGAUUUGAUUGACAUUUUGGAGAAUGGGUUUGUAUCUCCCAGGGAAGAUUAA